AUGACGUUUCGAUCUUCUUUUACACCCUCGUCUGAUGGGACCGGGGACUUCGUCAGGCUGAGGCUAGCCUACUUCAGCAAUGAGUUCCCUCACGACAACCUUCAAGAUCUCUUCAGGCGCCUAUGGACGCAGAGCAAGACCAGAGAUCAUCCCAUCCUGGCCCAGUUUAUCAACGACGCCACCUUGGCGCUGCGUGAGGAGAUCCGUGGGCUGCCCGCCUCUCUGCGAUCCCUGAUCCCCCCCUUUCAAACCAUCUUCAACCUUGUCGACGACCCUGAACUGCGAAAGGGUCAGCUUUCCGGAUCGAUAGACGGCGUGCUGCUUCUCGCUGUUGAGCUGGGUGCUUUUAUCGGAUACUACGAGAGGCAUCCCGAGCAGUACAACAUCGAUGCAGCCAGUAGCUAUCUUGCUGGGCUGGGAAUUGGCUUGUUGGCCACUGCUGCCGUCUCGCUCGCUUCCCAAGUGGUCGACCUGCCCAUUGUCGGAGCCGAAAUCGUCCGCACCGCGUUCCGUCUGGGAGUUCUGGUGGAUGAGGUCUCGCAGAAUCUGGAACCGCGAAAUCCGACGGAUUCGGGACCUGCGGAUACUUGGGCGUACGUGGUACCUGAUGUCACACCUGAGCAAGUACAGAAGGAGUUGGAUGCGAUUCAUGCGAGAGAGCAAACACCCGAGGCCAGCACCGUUUUUAUCAGUGCUCUCAGCGCAACAUCGGUGACGGUCAGCGGCCCCCCCGGAAGGUUGAAGCGCAUCUUCCUGGUGUCCGACUUCUUCCGCGACACUCGGUCCAUCGCCUUGCCGGUGUAUGGAGGCCUGUGUCACGCAAAGCACAUCUACAACGAGAAACACGCCCAGGAGGUCGUACGUGUCAGUGCCGAGAAGCUGGGCGGCCAUAUUACUAAACUGGUUCCCGGAAUUCCUGUUCUUUCGACGAGCACCGGGCAGCCAUUCCUGGCGACAGAUGCCGCGGGCUUACUGGAGGAGAUCAUCACCGAGAUCCUGACUCAGAAAAUCCAGUGGGAUAAUGUAGUCAACACCUUGGUUGACAGGGCGUCGCAGCCCGGCGUCGUCCAGUUCCAUGUGCACGCUUUCCGUACCUCGCUCCCCAUCCGAGACCUGACCACGGCUGUGACAUCCACUCUGUCCCAGGAGUCCCAGGAAUCCCAGGCGGCCGAAUCAACGACAACGACAACGGCAACGACAUCGACGACGACCGAUCUGCUGCAGUGGCUUACCGAGCCGUCUCUUGUGAACUCAUUCUCCCCUCGGGGCACGAGUCAGAGCAAGAUCGCCAUCGUGGGUAUGUCGUGUCGGAUGCCUGGCGGCGCGACCGAUACUGACAAGUUCUGGGACCUUCUGGAGAAGGGGCUCGACGUGCAUCGUACCAUUCCCGCGGACCGGUUUGACGUUGCAACCCAUUACGAUCCCACCGGAAAGCGGGUGAACACCAGCCAUACGCCGUACGGGUGUUUCAUUGACGAACCUGGCCUGUUCGACGCGCCCUUCUUCAACAUCUCGCCGCGCGAGGCUCAGCAGACGGACCCGAUGCAACGUUUGGCCCUGGUCACGGCGUAUGAGGCCUUGGAACGGGCGGGCUAUGUUGCGAACCGUACGGCCGCCACCAACCUUCAUCGAAUUGGUACCUUUUACGGACAGGCCAGUGAUGAUUAUCGUGAGGUGAAUACGGCCCAGGAGAUCAGCACCUACUUCAUUCCCGGCGGUUGCCGGGCCUUUGGCCCCGGCCGUAUCAACUACUUCUUCAAGUUCUCUGGGCCGAGCUACAGCAUUGAUACUGCUUGCUCUUCGAGUCUUGCCACGAUCCAGACUGCCUGCACAGCACUCUGGAACGGCGAACUUGAUACUGCCGUUGCAGGAGGCAUGAACGUCCUCACCAACUCGGAUGCCUUUGCCGGUCUCAGCCACGGUCACUUUCUCUCCAAGACCCCUAACGCUUGUAAAGCGUGGGACAGUGAAGCCGAUGGUUACUGCCGUGCUGAUGGAAUCGGGUCUAUCGUUUUGAAGCGCCUGGAAGACGCCGAGGCCGACAAUGACAACAUCCUCGGCGUGAUCCUCGGUGCCGCGACCAACCAUUCGGCUGAGGCUGUGUCUAUCACACACCCCCACGCGGGUGCCCAGGCCUAUCUCUCGAACCAGGUACUUGCCGCAGCAGGGAUCAACCCUCUCGAUGUGAGCUAUGUCGAGAUGCACGGGACCGGCACGCAAGCAGGUGACCGCGAGGAGAUGCAGUCCGUCACGAGCGCGUAUGCACCUGUGACCAACCGCCGUAGCUCCAAGCACCCGUUGUAUAUCGGCACCGUCAAGGCAAACGUGGGCCACGGCGAGGCUGUCGCCGGUGUCACAGCCCUCCUCAAGGUCUUGCUCAUGCUCCAGAAGGAGGCGAUACCGCCCCACGUGGGUGUCAAGAACGGGCUCAAUCCGGCUCUACCCAAGGAUCUAGACAAGCGGAAUGUCCGCAUUCCGUGGGAGAAGACACCCUGGGAGCGGAACCCCGACCGGAAACGCAUCGCGGCCGUCAACAACUUCAGCGCUGCAGGCGGUAACACCACGGUUCUCAUCGAAGAAGCCCCUCUGAGGCUGCAGCAGGCCGAAAGCCAGCCAGAUCCCCGCGGCAACACACAUGUGGUUGCCCUAUCGGCCAAGAGCAAGGUGUCCCUGCGAGGGAACCUGGAGCGGUACCUCGCCUAUCUCGACAAGCACCCGGACGUGUCGCUGUCCGACCUGUCAUACACCACCACAGCGCGCCGGCACCACCACAACCACAGGAUCGCAGUCGCCGUCUCCUCUGUCGACCAGCUCAAUAAACAGCUCACCACCGCUCUGGACUCAGUCGACACCACCCUGAAGCCCAUACCCGCUACCGGCCCCCCCUCAGUCGUCUUCGCCUUCACCGGCCAGGGCUCAGCGCACAAGUCAUCAAACCUGCAGCUAUUCCACACCUCACCCACCUUCCGCACGCAGAUCCUUCACCUCGACGCCCUCGCCCAGCAGCAGGGAUUCCCGACUUUCAUCCCAGCCAUCGACGGCUCCCACCCGCAGGACCACGCGCAUUCCCCCGUGGUCACCCAGCUCGCCCUAGUCUCUACCGAAAUCGCACUCGCCAAGUACUGGGCCACUCUGGGAAUCAAGCCCGACGUAGUCAUCGGCCACAGCCUGGGCGAGUACGCGGCGUUGCAGGUUGCGGGCGUGCUCUCGGCCAACGAUGCUGUUUUCCUCGUUGGCCGGCGAGCCCAAUUGCUCGAACAGCACGCGCAGGCUGGGAGCUACAGGAUGCUGGCUGUGAGAGCCUCCCUCGCCCAGGUGGAAGAAGUAGCCGGAGAGAAGCCGUUCGAAGUCGCGUGUGUGAAUGGCCCGGCCGAGACGGUGCUCAGCGGAACGGAGGCCGAGAUGCAGGCUUUGGUCACACCGCUGGAAGCCGCCGGGUACAAGAGCACCAUUCUCGACGUGGCGUUUGCGUUUCACUCGGCGCAGAUGGACCCGAUUCUGGACGAGUUUGAGGAACUGGCGCGGGCUGGUGUUAUUUUCCACGCGCCGAAUGUCCCCGUCAUCUCGCCGCUGCUUGGCAAAGUGGUGUUCGACGACAAGAGCAUCAACGCCGAGUACGUGCGCCGCGCGACCAGGGGAACGGUUAACUUCCUGGCUGCGCUAGAGGCCGCGCGGGAGAUCGACAUCAUUGACGACUCCAUGGCCUGGGUGGAGAUCGGGCCCCAUCCGGUGUCAUUGAACUUUGUCAAGGCGGCACUGCCGUCCACGAGCAUCGCCGUGCCUUCGCUGCGCCGGGGCGAGGACAACUGGCUGACGCUGGCACGGAGCCUGGCAAGCCUGCAUCUGGCGGGGGUUGAGAUCAGCUGGAACGAGUUCCAUCGGCCGUUUGAGAAGCAGCUGCGUCUGCUGGACUUGCCUACGUACAGCUGGAACGACAAGACGUACUGGAUCCAGUACAACGGUGAUUGGGCAUUGACCAAGGGGAACACUUUCUAUGACGAGGAGAAGAAGCAGGCCCAGAAAGCGGUGGCUGCUUCCCCGUCUCCCGCCAGCUUUCUCACGUCGACCGUCCAGCACAUCAUCGAGGAGACCUACGCUGGGUCAUCGGGUACGGUUGUCAUUCAGUCUGACCUUGCCCAGGCCGAGUUCCGGGCCGCCGCGUAUGGGCAUAAAAUGAAUGGGUGUGGAGUGGUGACGUCGUCUAUCCACGCCGAUAUUGCAUUCACCCUGGGCGAAUACCUCCACGGCAAACUCAUCAAACGCAAGACCAAGCCGCUCAUGAACAUCGCCAACCUUGAAGUCCUCAAGGGGCUCGUCGCACGGAAAUCCACCACCACCCCGCAACUGAUCCGCGUGUCCCUCAGCACGGCCGAUAUCAACACAGGCGUUGCACAGCUGCAUUGGCAUAACGUCAACGACGACACAGGAGCCUCCGAAGAACCCUUCGCCAGCGCAACCCUGUAUUUCGCCGACGACGCCACGCCCUGGCUGCGGUCCUGGUCCCCCCUCACCCACCUAGUCCAGGGACGCAUCGACGCGCUCGAGCAGCUCGCAGCCGACGGCGUGGCCAACCGCUUCUCGCACGCCAUGGCCUACCGCCUGUUCGCCGCCAACCUAGUCGACUACGCCGACAAGUACCGCGGCAUGCAGUCCGUGGUGCUGCACGAACUCGAGGCCGUGGCCGACGUGACGCUGACGCGCGACGCGGGCCGCGGCGUGUGGACGGUGCCGCCUUUCUUCAUCGACAGCGUGGCGCACCUGGCUGGGUUUGUCAUGAACGUGUCUGACGCCAUCGACACGACGGCUAACUUUUGUGUUACGCCCGGCUGGGAGUCGAUGCGCUUUGCGGUGCCGCUUGUUGCCGGCGGCCAGUUCCGCUCGUACGUCAAGAUGAUCCCUACCGCCGAGGACCCGACCGUCUAUCUGGGGGAUGUCUAUAUCCUGCAGGAGGGAGUCAUCGUCGGCGUGGUCGGGGGCAUCAAGUUCCGCCGGUACCCUCGCCUGUUGCUCAACCGCUUCUUCUCGGCCCCUGACGACGCUUCUGCUCCUGCUGUGGCGUCUCAUUCUUCCUCCAGCAAACCGACGGCCGCACCGCAGAAACAGGUUGCCGUGCUACCGGCCCCUGUGCCGGUGCCUGUGCCUGUGCCUGUGCCUGUGCCAUCUUCGGAGCCCCUCAAAGUGACCCCAGCGCCCGCUCCCGCUGUUGCUCCCGCUCCUACCCCGGAGCCUGCUGUUGACAUUGACAGCGAUAGUACGGCGGUCAAAGCCCUUCUCCUCGUGGCUGACGAGGCCGGCCUAGAGCUCGCGGACCUCAAGGACGAGGCGUCCUUCCCCAACCUAGGCAUCGACAGCUUGAUGAGCCUAGUGAUUGCUGAGCGGUUCCGCGAGGAGCUGGGCAUCACCGUCGGCGGCAGCGUGUUCCUUGAGUAUCCGACUGUGGGCGAUUUGCGCUCUUGGUUGGUGGAGUAUUACAGCUAG